UUGGAAUGAGGAUUAUAUGGAGUGGGAUAAAUUGAAAAGUCCUUUUGAAGUUGGAGCAUGUGGGCGCAAAAUUAUUGUGAAAAAAUUGCAAAUAUGAUGGGAGAUGUUCGGAAUUAUAGGCUACAAAUAAUGUCAGAAGAUGAUUGUUGGUCGUUAUUUGCUAAACAUGCCUUUGGUAAUAAAAAGCUAGGUGCACGUCCUGAUUUGGAAGAGAUUGGUAGACUUGUUGUUAGAAAGUGUAAAGGUAUACCAUUAGCAGUAAAAGCACUUGGUGGUCUCUUGCGUUCUGAACAAAAUCCACAAGAAUGGAAAAAGAUUCUGAAGAAUGAUGUAUGGGAUUCAUCUAGGAAAGAACAUAUUCUUCCGGCCCUUUGGUUGAGCUAUUAUUAUUUACCUGGACAUCUUAAAAGAUGUUUUGCCUACUGCUCAAUAUUUCCAAAGGGUGACGAAUUGAACAAACAAGAACUAAUUUUAUUAUGGAUGGGAGAGAAUCUUUUGGAGACCCAUAAAAGUAUGACCGCAGAAGAAGUUGGAGAGGAGUACUUCAACGAUUUGUUAUCAAGAUCAUUGUUCCAGUUCGACUACCAUUCUGUGGAGCAUUGUUAUUUUACAAUGCAUGACCUUGUAUAUGACUUGGCUAAGUGUGUGUCAGGUGAAUCUUACUUUAGCUUACAGGACAAUGUAUCAGAAGUCUCAAGCAAGCAGAGUACUUGUCAUUUGUCAUAUUUGCAAUACAAAUCCGACUAUAUCAAGAAUUUAGAGGAUUUUUGUGAUACAAAGACAUUGCGCACUCUGCUGUUCAGGAAAUUGACUUGGCCAUUUGUAGAAAAGGACUUGACGCAUCUUCUUGAACAGUUGCCAUCAAUGCGAUACUUGAGGGUGCUCGACGUAGGUGGAGGUGUCUCAAUGCAGGAAAGGCCUCUCAUGACAAAGUUGCUCAACUCAACUGCCAAUUUGAAGCUGUUACGAUAUCUGAAGUUCGAUCAUGCUGGAAUUAACGAAAUACCUAAUUCAAUUUGUACUUUGUACAAUUUACAGACAUUAAUACUAAGACAACGUGGCAUUACUAGGUUGCCAGAUUCAAUCGGCAAUUUAAAACAGCUAAUUUAUUUGGACUUAGGUCGUUCUUCAAUUGGAAAGAUACCAGAUCCAAUUGGCAAUUUGAAACAUUUAAGGUAUUUGGACUUAAGUCAUUCAUCGAUUGAAGAGAUACCUGACACGGUGUGUAAUUUGCAUGAGUUGCAUACAAUGAAGUUGUACAGUUGUUAUAAUCUUAAACGUUUGCCAAAUAGCAUCACAACGCUAUUCAACUUGCGCCAUCUCAAUAUUUCCCAUGAUGAAAAUUUCUUCCGCCAUAUGUUCUGCGGGACAGGAUUGAGAGAGAUGCCACCCCAAAUGUGCAAGUUGAAAAAUCUGCAAACAUUACCAGUGUUUGUCGUAGGAAAAGAUAGCGGAUCCAAUAUUAAAGAGCUGGGUGAGCUUCAACAUCUGCAGGGACCUGAUCUUCUUAUCAAAGGACUUGAGAAUGUACUAAAUGAGGAAGAUGCUUCAGGGGCCAAAUUGGAGGAUAAGAAGCGUAUUACUCGACUGGGUUUGUUGUGGAUGGGUGAUAAUGAUGAUUCGCAGCCAGCACGAGAGGCUUUGGACAGACUCCAGCCGCAUACAAAUCUGAAGGAAUUAUAUAUUCGCAGCUAUGGAGGUACAAGCUUCCUGCCUUGGGUUGGACACCAUUCAUUUUUCUGUAUAAGAUCUGUAAGGCUGUCUGAUUUUAAAACUGUUGUUGGUUGCCUCCACUGGGACAGCUACCUUCCUUGGAAUCCCUCUUCAUAUCUAGAUUUAAUAUGUUGGAGAAGAUAGGCAAUGAAUUUUAUAGUGAUAGUGAUGGUUCUGUUUCUUCUUCUUCUUCGAUCGCUAAACCAUUCAAGUCGUUAAAAAACUUGAAAUUUUCAGAUAUGGCAGAGUGGAGGGAGUGGUCAGUGGUGGAAGUUGAAGGUAACAGAGAAAAAGGUUGUGGAGUUUUCUCAAACCUUAAGGAGCUUCAUUUGUCAAACUGUCCGAAGCUAAAAGGGGAGUGCUUACCAGAUUAUCUUCCAUCUUUGAAAUAUCUUUCAAUAUGUGCAAGUGACCUGGCGGCCUCACUCUCAGGGCAGCAAUACCCAUCGCUCCUUGAAUUGCCAAUAUGGAGUUGUCAAAAAAUGAAGACAUUCCCUGAAGGGAGGUUGCCCUUUGAUAUACAAUCAAUUGAAAUUGGGUAUUGCAAGGAACUGGCGUCACUUUCAGAAGAGGGAUGGCCUUCCAAUUUAAAAUCACUUAAAAUUGAUGAUUGUUCGAAGCUCUUCGCACGGAGCAACAUCAUGCAGUGGAAUCUGGGAAUGCUCACCUCUCUUACAUCCUUACAUAUCAAAGGAAUAGAUGAAGUGGUGGAUACAUUUCCGGAGAAGGAAGGCCAGCUUCCCACCUCUCUCACUUCUCUUCGCCUAAUUCAAAUACCAAACCUUAAAUCCCUACAUGGAAAGGCUUUCCAACAGCUCACCUCCCUUCGAAACUUCUCGAUUGAAUGGUGCAAACAGCUCGAGUGCUUGCCAGAAGAAAGACUGCCCGCGUCUAUUUCUGAGUUGUGGAUCAUAGGUUGUCCAUUGCUAACACCACGGUGCCAGAGAGAAGCAGGGGAGGAUUGGCCCAAAAUCCAUCACAUCCUAAACAUAAGCAUACGUUGAUUAGCCAUAUGAUUACAACCAUGUCCUAUAUAUGUCUGCCUUCUCUAUACACUCCAUUUCCUGAAAUAUAUCCCUCUAUCAUCUGCCUCUGACGGCCUGGGUAGAAAAAAUAGAGAAUGCGGUGAAUUUCUUAUUCUGAUCUUGGUAUUUGCGCACUCUUUUCUUCCCUAUUUUAACUAACUUGCGAUAGGGUCUCAUUUCUAACUUCCCUCAUUUGUAGUUAUAAUUUUGGAAGCAAACUGUUGUCAUUCACAGAAGCUGAAUAGCUGAUUCAAAAACCUUACUCUUUGCUGUUUUGAAACACAGUUCUAGCUCUUCUUCACCAUUUAUGUCUUAAGCUUCAACCCAAGACGGAAUUUUUUUGCAGGAAAUUACAGGAUGUUUUCAUGCAUAUGACAGCAGGGGUACUGCCAAUUGUCACAUAUCUGCUGCUGUUUGUAAGAUCUGCUUCUUUUUAAGUUGCACCAAUCUAUCUAUCUUGUAUUACACUUAUGUAGCAUCUCCUUAUGGAGUUAAUACGCUACUUCAAUGAAUCUUGACAGGGCUUGACCAGUCCUCUUUUGAACUGUUUUGUCAUCUACCUGAUUUCAUUAUGGUGAUAUCAACAACUGGUAGAACCUUGACUUACAGUGCACUUUCUUGAUUAUUAAAUUUUGAUUAUUGGAGUAUCUGCAGCAUACCAGCAAAAAACGCUAAUCUGAUUGAAUAACUAAUCAUAUCCAAUUAUAUAAUAAAUCUUUCAUGAUGGCUUUUAUCACUCUUUUGUUAAAUUUUGUUAUUGCAUUCCUUGUAGCAGAAGAUAUUGUAAUUCAGUUCUAUCUGUAAACUUGCAUUUUCCUUUA